UUUGUACAAUUGCAACUAACUCCCGAUGAAACACCAUUUGGUUUAGAAAUUCAGCUGACACGUGUGGUCCGCCACUGACCGUAGUUUUUGAUAAUUUUUCGCUGAAAACACCGAGAAAAUGAGUACGAUUUUAGAGAAAAUCGCGGCCAUCGAGAGUGAGAUGGCCCGCACGCAGAAAAAUAAAGCAACAGCUGGUCAUUUAGGUUUAUUAAAAGCGCGCCUUGCUAAAUUAAGACGAGAGCUCAUCACUCCAAAGGGCGGUGGCGGUGGUACUGGCGAGGGCUUCGACGUCGCGAAGACAGGAGACGCCAGAAUUGGAUUUGUCGGUUUUCCAUCUGUUGGCAAGUCCACCCUUUUGAGCAAUCUAGCAGGAGUAUAUUCUGAAGUAGCAGCCUACGAAUUUACUACGCUAACCACUGUGCCUGGCUGCAUCAAAUACAAAGGCGCCAAAAUCCAGCUGCUCGAUUUGCCUGGUAUCAUUGAGGGUGCUAAAGACGGCAAAGGUCGAGGCCGUCAAGUCAUUGCCGUCGCGAGAACCUGCAGUCUGAUUUUCAUUGUGUUGGAUGUCUUGAAACCAUUGCAGCACAAAAAGCUGAUUGAGCACGAAUUGGAGGGCUUUGGCUUGAGAUUGAACAAGAAUCCUCCAAAUAUUGUUUUCAGAAAAAAGGACAAAGGAGGAAUUAAUUUGCAGUGCAUGGUACAGCAAAGUGAACUUGACCUGGACACGGUGAAGACGAUUUUGUCCGAGUACAGAAUUCACAAUGCUGACAUAACUCUGCGAUACGACGCCACUUCUGAUGACCUGAUUGACGUUAUUGAGGGCAACAGAAUUUAUGUUCCUUGCAUCUACCUUCUCAACAAAAUUGAUCAAAUCAGCAUUGAAGAGUUGGACAUUAUCUACAAAAUUCCUCACUGUGUGCCAAUCUCUGCUCACCACAAGUGGAACUUUGAUGACCUUCUUGAAAGAAUGUGGCAAUAUUUACAACUUGUCCGAAUCUACACGAAACCCAAAGGCCAGCUACCUGAUUAUGAAGCGCCUGUUGUACUGCACUCUGAAAGACUCUCCAUUGAAGAUUUUUGCAACAAACUACACAGGACCAUUGCAAAGGAAUUCAAAUACGCUCUCGUUUGGGGAUCUUCUGUGAAGCAUCAACCUCAAAAGGUGGGCAAGGAGCAUGUGUUAAAUGACGAAGACGUUGUCCAAAUUGUUAAGAAAGUGUAAAAUAGUGGAAACCGAGUUUGUCUUAAUUUCCUCCAAGGCAAAUUACAUAACAUGACACUGCUAAUUCGUUGUUACAUAUUGGCAACUUCUUGCUCCACAAAUAUUUGGCCUAAUUUAUAAUUGCAGAGAAAAUAAAACUAUUAAAUGAAAAAUUGCACGAUUGCUAAUGUAACAAACAUUUUUUUAACUGGCAACUGUAUAAAUUUGAUUUGGAAAUAAACCAAUAAUCAAUUGUA